GAUUUGUUGAAUUGUGAUUGAAGGACGAGGCACCGAGUGACGCAGUUGAAAAACUCAAGAAUCUCCUCGGACAAGAGCAGAGAUCCAGAGUGAUGUCUGAGAAGAUUCAUUCAACACAUUAACGAAACUCCCCAAAAUAGCUUUUAUUGAUGGACUCAAAUUUCAAGUGGCUUUUGUUUGCCAUCUUGAUCUCUCUGACAUUUUCGGGUUUUGUUCUUCACCAUGGAGUUCUCGCUGAAAGUGUUAAGCCUGAUGAAGCUAAACAGCUUAGAGACGAGGUACGUGGGAUGUUUUAUCAUGCCUUUGAUGGAUAUAUGAACAAUGCGUUUCCACUCGAUGAAUUGAGACCGUUAUCUUGCCAAGGAGAAGAUACUCUUGGAGGCUAUGCGUUGACUCUGAUUGACUCGUUGGAUACAUUAGCUUUACUUGGUGACCGAGAGCGCUUCACUUCUUCUGUUGAAUGGAUUGGUAAAAAUCUUCAGUUUAAUAUAAAUAAAACAGUCUCUGUGUUUGAGACAACUAUCCGAGUCCUUGGGGGGUUACUAUCUGCUCAUCUGAUUGCAAGUGAUUAUGCAACGGGCAUGAGAAUUCCAUCUUACAACAAUGAAUUACUAGUUUUGGCUGAGAAUUUGGCACGGAGAAUGCUUCCUGCAUUUGAUACACCGACUGGAAUCCCAUUUGGAUCUGUGAAUUUGAUGUACGGUGUUGACAAACAUGAAAGCAAGAUAACAUCAACUGCCGGUGGUGGUACUUUGUCUUUAGAGUUUGGCGUGCUUAGUCGUUUAACAAAUGAUCCUGUUUUCGAACAAGUUGCAAAGAAUGCGGUGAGGGGACUAUGGGCACGUCGUUCAAAUCUCGACUUGGUUGGUGCUCACAUCAAUGUCUUUACAGGUGAAUGGACACAGAAGGAUGCUGGUAUAGGAACAAGCAUUGAUUCCUUCUAUGAGUAUCUACUCAAGGCUUAUAUACUAUUUGGGGAUGAGGAAUAUCUAUACAUUUUUCAAGAAGCUUAUAGAUCUGCAAUGCAGUACCUUCACAAGGAUCCUUGGUAUGUAGAAGUCAAUAUGGAUUCCGCAGCUAUUGUCUGGCCAGUAUUUAACAGCCUUCAAGCUUUCUGGCCAGGACUUCAGGUUUUAGCUGGAGACGUUGAUCCAGCAAUAAGAACUCACACUGCCUUCUUUAGCGUCUGGAAACGAUAUGGUUUCACCCCUGAGGGUUUUAAUCUUGCUACACUUAGUGUCCAGUAUGGGCAAAAGAGUUAUCCCUUAAGGCCGGAAUUAAUCGAGAGUACAUACUGGUUGUACAAAGCUACCAGAGAUCCCAGGUAUCUUGAUGCAGGACGUGACUUUGUGGCUAGUUUGCAAUACGGGGCAAAAUGUCCUUGCGGUUAUUGUCACAUCACAGAUGUAGAACUGCAUAAACAAGAAGAUCACAUGGAGAGCUUCUUCCUCGCAGAAACGGUGAAGUACUUAUGGCUACUCUUUGACUUAGCUGUUGACUCGGAUAACCUCGUAGACAAUGGCCCUUACAAGUACAUCUUCAGUACUGAGGGUCAUCUCUUACCAAUAACACCACAAAUAUCUCUAGCUCGGGAACAUUGCUCUUACUUUGGUGGAUACUGUCCAAGCAAUUCCACAAAACUAGAACAAGAAGUCCUUGGAGAAGACAGUAGUAACGAUGAUCACAGUAACGAUUAUCCUUACCACGAAUCUUUUCCAGUUACCGGUUUGAUAAAGGCCAGUACCAGAAAUAAAAAUAUUUCUUUCUUUCAUCAAAGUCAGUUUCUUUUGUUUUGGGGUUUUUGUAGGGUUUAUGUCCAGGACUAACACAUGCUCAGAAAUAUGGUUUUUCGUAUGUUCUACCGGAGAAGACAGAUCGUGAAGAUGUUAAUCAACCUAAACCGGUAGUUACAAGCAGUUCAAUUGUGUUAAUCUCGGAUCAAACAGUGGAGAAGAGACCACAGGAAGAAGAAGGAUUUACUUCUCAGUCUGAACCAAUAAUGACAAUCUCUGGUGGUAGUAGCAACGACCAAACAGGUCAAGAGCUAACCUUGUUAGAGUCAGAAACUGAUGAUCAAAGAUCAUACUCUUCUUAAAUCUCUCAUUUAUAUAUAUGUUCCACAGAAGAAGAUUACAAAAACUUUUGUUAGAAAUAUAGAUUCAGUUUUCCAAUCUCAUCAAGAAUCUUGAAUCCUUCUUUUGUUGAUCGAUUGUUGUCUCAUCAUAAUCAUCAUCAUCAUCAUCG